AUCAGAAAGCGCCCUGUUGGCCCUACAGGCAUCCCGUCAUGCUCGUGGCCUCAGCGCUACGUCAGCAGUGAAACCCAAACAUGGCGGUCUCCAUAGCACAGCGCCGGGCUGCCAACGCUCGUUUGUUGAUAUUAACUUUUCUCACAACGUUAAUAUUUCACAGCAGCGUCGCUAACAUCCCUAUACCUGCCUCGACGACAGAAGAGGCUCCUCACCGCCGGUUUGAGUACAAAUACAGCUUCAAAGGACCACACCUGUCUCAGCCUGACGGCAGUAUCCCGUUUUGGAUCCACACUGGAAAUGCCAUUCCCAGUGCAGACCAGGUGCGCAUUACGCCGUCCCUCAGGAGUCAGAAGGGCACGGUGUGGACAAAAAACAAAGUCAACUUUGAACACUGGGAGGCUGACGUGACCUUCAGAGUAUCUGGAAGAGGCCGGAUGGGAGCGGACGGUUUGGCUGUGUGGUUCACCACCGCACAAGGCCUCGACGGUCCGGUGUACGGCGCCGCCGACCAGUGGAUCGGAUUUGGAAUCUUCUUUGACUCCUUUGACAACGAUGGAAAGAAAAAUAACCCAGCUAUAGUUAUUGUGGGAAACAAUGGAAACCUUGUUUAUGACCAUCAAAAUGACGGCACCACACAAGCCCUCGGCACAUGUUUACGAGACUUCCGCAACAAACCCUAUCCCGUCCGGGCCAAAAUAACAUACUACAAGAAGACGCUGACGGUGAUGAUCAACAACGGGUUCACUCCAGACAGAGACGACUACGAGUUCUGCACAAAGGUGGACAACAUGAUCAUUCCCGUUGAGGGCUUCUUUGGCAUUUCAGCUGCCACCGGAGGUUUAGCAGACGACCACGAUGUUUUGUCCUUCUUAUUGUUCAGACUCACAGAGCCGGGCCAGCAACCGCCCCCACCCGAUUCUGAGAUUCCUAAAGAAGAGAAGGACAAGUACCAGGAGGAAUUUCAGAACUUCCAGCAAGAGCUCGACAAAAAGAAAGAGGACUUUCAGAAAGAGCACCCCGACGUCCAAGGAGAGCCAAUUGAGGACUUCUAUGAGAGCGUGAGCGACCGGGAGAUCCGUCAGGUGUUUGAGGGCCAGAACCGAAUCCACCUGGAGAUCAAACAGCUCCACCGGCAGCUCGCCAUGAUCCUGGACGAGCAGCGGCGAUACGUUUCUGUCAUCACCGACGAGGUCGCCAAGAAGGGCACGACCGCCGAGUCAGGACAGCUGGAAGCUGCUGGUCAACAACAGUUGGGCUCCGUCAUAGCCACCCAGCAGGAGGUUCUCAAAAACCUCAAUGAGCUGAGAAACUCCUUUCACGAGUCGCUAAAACAGAUCGGCUCGGCCCAACAUCAGGGGAACGCCGGCGGUCUGGGAACGUACGAGACCAUUCAGCACUUCAACGACCUCAAGGAACAUCUGCACACGGUCAAAAGGGACGUGGAGCACCUGGUCCAGCGUAAUGCUCAGAAUCCAGCGGAUAAGAUUACAAAGUGCCCCGACGUUCCUCCCAUGCCUUCCUGCUUAUCCACCGUUCAUUUUGCAAUCUUCAUCGUGAUUCAGUCGCUUCUGUUCUUCUGCUACGUCAUGUACAAAAGUCAACAAGAAGCAGCAGCAAAGAAGUUCUUUUGAUGAAAUGCGUUUCUAAAAAAGAAAGCGUGUGUAAAUGAGGGAAUGUCCAUUUUUGUCUGUUUUUGUUGUUGGUUUGAUUAUUUUCAGAUCAUAAAUUAUUGUACUUGGGGGGGGAAAAAAAAAAGUUUUUGUUAAAAAAGUUUAUUUGAAUUAAUUGCAGAUUUUUCAUUCGAUCAUUAAAUCGUUGUGAAUGGCACUUUGGGAUUUCCAACACGAUGUAAAACAGUAUUUUUAUGUUGGAUCCUUUUUGAUAUUGUUUUCAAAAGUCGAAAUCUGCCCCAGGCCCAUUUCAUGGAACUGACAACAACCCCCCCCCCCCCCCCCCCCCCCCCCCCCCCCACUCUCCUCCUGUGUUAUAAAAUGUGCAAUUUUGUAUAAAACGAAUGCUGAGCUGUCGGUGAUGAGAACUCAGAGCAGAUGUCUGCUUCCGUUUAUCUGCUUUGAUCGAGUCAAACAUGUCAGAAUCUGACACAUGAACAAUUUACAUAAACAAAAACAAAACCAA